AUGGUGGUGAGGAUGUUCGUCCUGGUGGUGAUGGUGUUUGCUCUCUGCUGGCUGCCUUACCACGCGUACUUCGUCCUGACCUACCACUACCAGUCUCUAGCAUCUGCACCCUUCGCCCAGCACAUCUACCUCUUCUUCUACUGGUUGGCCAUGGCGAAUUCCAUGUUCAACCCCUUGAUUUAUUACUGGAUGAGUAAUAAAUUCCGUAUCUACUUUCGCAUGGUGUUAUGUUGGUGUUGGACACCGAAAACAUCAUCAUCCACUGACAUGAAGAAACUAGAAAUGAACAAAUCAUUUUCAGAUCAUUCGAAUGCAACAGAACUGAUAACGAAUGGCAACGCAGUGCGAAUGAACCCACGAGGUGAACCCGAUGAUAGACAUUAUCACAUGUGUGACGAUAAACUAUGA